AGGUUAGAUAAUUGUCAAAAAAUCUCAUAACCUCACUCCUCAAGUUCCUGAUAAAUUCCAAACGAAAUUCUAUCUAGAGCUAACAAUGGAAAUCGAUCAAGAAUUGGCAAAAACUCUAUUCGAAGAAGGAGGUGUUUUCAUUUUUCUUGACGUACCUAAAGAAACAGAAUUUGGAAUAGAUUUCCAAUUGUGGAAUACAAAUGAAAAUUUUAGGGGUAUUAAAAUGAUCCCCCCUGGUUUACACUACAUAUUUUACAGCUCUGUAAGUCGUACAGGAGAUGUAGCUCCGAGAUCUGGUUUCUUCUACAACUUUCGUAAAGGAGAAGUGGUAGUUAGAAAAUGGGAUGCAAAGGAAGAAGAUUUGAGUGACUACAAAGCAACAGAAGAAGAAAUAGCAAGUUUUAGGCGUAAUAUCAGAACCAUGGAUAAUUUCCUUGCAUGUUAUCCCUUUGACAUUUACGCAAAAUGGGUUUCACUCACAGAAAAUAUCUCAGACAAACAAAUUACUAAACUUAUACCUUUAUCUGGAAUUGUGAGAUCAGCCCUUGAAUUGCAAGGAUGUUCAGAUGCUGAUAGACCCAGACAAGAAAAUACAAGUCCUGUUGAAGUGAAGAAGAGAAAAAGAUCAUCCACGAGUUGUGUGGAUGAUACAGAAGAUUCUUUAUUGCCUAAAAUGAAAAUCAAGGGUGGUACAGAGUUGAGAUUCACAGAUUUUCCUGAAAAACAUUAUCCUGAAGGAUCUACACCAUCAGAUAUAACACAGCAUUCCUUAGAUUCUUCCUAUAUUUUAGAGUGUAUGAUAUGUAAAUAUGAACCGCCCAGUGAUAUAGUUGGAGAGUUAGAAUUCUGUUUCAUAUGUUUCUUAGUUGGCCAUAGCUUGGAAGCUUUUGAACAAUGGAGAAAAUUGAUACAUCUAUUCUGUUCUUGCGAAUCCGCUAUAACAAAAUAUAGAAGAAUAUAUCAUAUGCUAUUGAAUGUUUUGAAACUGCACAUAUCAGAAAUUCCUGAAGAGUUUCUUGCUGACAUUGUGUCAAAUAACAAUUUCUUUUAUCUCGAAAUGAGAGAAUUAUUCAGAAAUAUUGGCAAUUCUAAUGCAGAUGGAGAGUUGAAGAGUAGGGCAAAUAGGUUCAAGGAGUUUCUAACAGAAAAGUUCUCUUGGAAUUUUGAACAUUUAGAUUCUGAGGAUGAAGAAGAUGCACCUGUUAUUGUUAGCAUUGAUGGAUACUGAAGUUUGAAAGCAUUACAAAUGUAUCUGCAGCUGCAUGAUGGUUAUGAAAUGCAUGUGUUGAAAUUUUGACUUUGUAGAGGAUACAUUCAAGAUUGAAAGAGACUUUCCAAGUGGAAAACCUAUUGAGAGAAACAUAAACAUGUACAUACUUUGUUUUAUAUCAUUAAAUAAAUCCAAAUUGGUGAAAGAAA